CAAAUUUAGUGAGCAGAUCUCUUUCUUCUCUUUGGGUCUUUCUAUUAAAUUUAUACAGAUAGAUGCAUGUAUAUAUGUCAUAUACUUUCUCAUGGAACAACAAUCCAAAGUUAGCACAGAACAGAAGACUCGAACUUCACCUCUCCCAAGCCCCCACUAAACCCCUCUUGUUUAUAGGAAACCCCAUUUUCUUUCCAUAAACAUAUUUUCAGAGCCUGGGUUUUAGCUAAUUAAUGAUCUUUAUGGUGGUGGUUCAUUCUCAACCUUUCCCUGUUCCAAAUUUUCAGAAUCUGGGUUUUGUUCAGUUACAACUUUUGACUCAUGGGAUUUGAUCCAUAUUGGUCUGAGACUGCUGUUCUUUAGCUGCAACUCCCUUCUGUGCAAAGUUACAGAUUCUGCAAAUGUUUCUGCUUAGAUGCAAGCCCAGGGCACUUUGAGCUUUGAUACAUGCGUCCAUGUCAAUCUGCUGUGGGAUUCCUAUCCUUGAGUCUGUAUACUGUCUGGCCUGUGCUCGUUGGGUGUGGCUGAAAUGCCUCUACACUGCAGGCCGUGAAAGUGAAAACUGGGGUCUGGCCACUGCUGAAGAAUUUGAGCCUGUCCCUCGGUUUUGUCGCCUAAUUCUAGCACUCUAUGAGGAAGAUCUCCGUAACCCGCUUUGGGCACCCCUCGGAGGUUAUGGCAUUAAUCCUGAUUGGGUAAUCUUACGUAAAGACUACGAAGAAACCUUUGGCCAUGUUCCUCCCUACAUGGUCUAUCUUGAUCAUGAUCAUUCUGAUAUAGUCUUGGUAGUUCGGGGACUCAAUUUAGCUAAGGAAAGUGAUUAUGCAGUUAUGCUUGACAACAAACUUGGGCAGACAAAAUUUGAUGGUGGCUAUGUCCACAAUGGGCUAUUGAAGGCAGCAGAGUGGAUGUUUGAUGCAGAGUGUGAAGUUUUGAGGGAAUUGGUGAUGAAGUAUCCAAAUUAUACCCUGACCUUUACUGGCCAUUCCCUUGGGGCUGGUGUGGUGGCAUUGCUGACAUUGUUGGUACUUCAGGAUCUGAAAAAAUUGGGAAAUAUUGAGAGAAAGAAGAUUAGAUGCUAUGCUACAGCCCCCUCUAGAUGCAUGUCACUGAAUCUGGCUGUCAGAUAUGCAGAUGUUAUCAAUUCUAUUGUACUUCAGGAUGAUUUCUUACCUCGGACAACAACCGCUUUAGACAACUUAUUCAAAUCACUUUUCUGUUUGCCAUGUUUUCUUUGCAUAAUGUGCUUGAAGGAAACGUGCACGCUAGAAGAGAAUAUGCUUACAGAUCCAAGGAGAUUAUAUGCACCUGGGCGUCUCUAUCACAUUAUUGAGCGGAAGCCCUUCAGAUUUGGAAGGUUUCCGCCUGUUGUGAAAACAGCAGUGCCUGUGGAUGGGAGGUUUGAGCACAUAGUUCUUUCUUGCAAUAUUACUUCUGACCAUGCCAUAAUCUGGAUAGAGAGAGAAGCACAAAAGGCUUUUGAUUUAAUGCUCGAGGAAGACAGAACUAUGGAAGUUCCGGCAAAGCAGAGGAUGGAGCGAAGAAAGUCCCUUGUCCGUGAACAUAGCCUGGAGUACAAGGCAGCACUUCGGAGAGCAAUAGCUUUGGAUAUCCAUCAUGCCUACUCUGAUUCAGCGUAUGGAACAUUUACAUUUACUGAAACGGAAGAGGGGGAGAACUCUGGAAGAUCGAACAGGGAGCCUUGUGAAUCAUUAAAAAAGAGGACAGAAAGCUGGGAUGACUUUGUGGAGCGGCUUUUCGAUGUAGAUGAGUCUGGUGACAUGGUGUUCAAGAAGUAAUAACUUGGCCGAUGAAAGCAAUUCUUUGAUUCUUGUGAACCAUCCUCUUUUGGGGUUCAUGAUUGUGUUUUAGAUUGAUGGUGGGGAGGGGGCAAGAGAGGCAGCGUAUGGAAGUGAAGCUGUACAUAAAACGUUGGUCUGCCAUGCCAUCAUCAAUUUUUAAAAAAUCCCAAUGAUUAUAUUAUAAGAUCUUCCGCU